CUGAAUGAAUUUAGAUGUUAAAAAGUAAGUCAACUGUUUAUGCAUCAAAUUUCACACUGCCCACCAACACACAACGAUAGUGUUUCUUUAAGUAAAAUGUACUUCACACAAACUAUUACGUAAAAAUAUUGAAAAUCACUUAUUCUUAGUGUUCUAUUAAUUUUUUCUAACGUGUGUCAUUUUAUACAAAACCAGCAAUAUGUCACUUGUAGCUUACUUAGAUAGUGAUUGUGAAUCAGACGAAGACAACAAAGAUAUUUCUGAAGUAGAAAAGCCACCAUCACCAAAUAAUGUCCAAGAAGAUAUUAAACCAAUGGGCAUUAGACCUUUAUUAAGGCUACCUCAACCUAAAUCAAUCAAAUCGACCAAAACACCAGACAAUUUCGAUUUAGAAGAAGAAAAACUAGUGUUAACAUCAAAAAAACCUACGAUCAAUUGUGUUCUAGAAAAAAAAGAAGAAUGUCCAUUAUUCCCCACAUUGCCCAAACCUAAAGUUGGAGGAAAAGUUAAAAUCUUACUCCCUUCAUUAAAUGAAUUUUAUGAUGAAGACGAUGAUUAUCAACCUAAACGAAAAAUUAUUAAACCAUCUAAUAGUGGAUGUGGUUUGUUUUCAAUGUUACCUGAUCCAAAAAAUAAAAAAACCAGCAAGGUUUCAACGACUAUUACUAUGGUUCCCAGAGCAACUAUGCGUAAAAUACCACCUGUGGUUAAAGAAAUUCCUAAAUCUCAAAAAUUAGAGAUUAAGGAUUUUAAAUCUAAGUCUACUGAAUUAGAAGAAGAUGAAGUAGAUGAUGAUGAUCAUGAAGAUGUUGAUUUCUUAGGAUUAAAUAAAAUAGGUGAAAUGCCUGAUGUAGCUCCUAUUUCUGGAUUUGACUUACCUGAAAUAAAAACUAAUACAAUAGUUGUGGAAGAUGAUAGAGUUUACGGACCAGUAUACUGUCCAGAAGAUGGCAAAUCUGACAUAUAUGAAGAUGAUGAAACAAAGAUGACUCUCGAUUCAAAUGCGUUGAAACAACUUGGUGAUCGCGAUAAAACUUGUAUUAAACAAGUUGAAGUAAUAAAUGUUAACAUGAGUCAAGUGUUGGAAGAAUCACAGCAGUGGCUACAAAAGAACCUCACUGAAGAGUACGCAGAGAGUAAAAAUGUUGGUAGUGACAUCAAUGUAACAGGACAAUCAAAACGCAAACACCAGAUUACAUAUUUGGCUCAACAAGCCAAAGCUAAUGAGCUAAAACUUAAAAAUAUGUGGGCUGAAAAUCGAAUGACCAGGAAACAGACGCAGGCAAAAUAUGGAUUUUAAUUAUCUAUUAGGUUUGUUAUUCGUGGACAAUUUUUAUGAUUAGGUUUCUGAUAAUACUCAUUUGUACAUAAACAACUUAUUAAGCUAAUGUAGACUAUGUAUCUUUAAUAAAGGCACUUUUUGAUUUUUA